AAGAUGGAAGAACAUUUUAAGAAUAUCGACAUGCUCAUAAGAAAAUAAUAAUUCUAAAAAUGUUUAACUAAACUUGGAAAAUUGUAAAAUGAAUUGAAUACUAAAAUAAAUAACCCUGAGGAAUGCUCUGAAGCAGAAUUAGUAUUAUAUAUAAUCUAUAAGAUUCUCUAAAGCAAUGUAUAUGAGAGAUAUGCUCAAAUCUUUAUUGAUAUCAAUCAAGUCUAUCGAGCUAUGCAAUAUCUAAUAAACAUGAUUAAAAUAGAAAAACAACUUUUCAAAACUCAGAAUGACAAAGAGAGCAUCCUAAGAUUGUGUAACUCUUAUGCUAAAAUUGGUAAGAAUCUACAAUAAUUUAAGGAAGAUGCUGCUUUUAUUGUUGCUAUUAUGAAUAAACCUUCAAGUACCUUGAUUAUGCUUAUUAAUUACUAAUCAAGCACAAUCUAAAAUAAACUGGAGUUUAUGCUAUGACAUUAACACUUUUGGGAAAUUAUUACAGAUUUAUGUUUUAAGAUGAUUUGGCAGAAUAAAUGUUAUUCGAAAGUAUCAAAAUUAGAGAAGAAUUGUAUACAAGAUAGUCGAUUGUAUUAUAUAUUUAUAUUGAAGGAAGUGGCUGAUUCAUUACAUGGAUUAUCACAAUUAUUUUCAGAUGAAGGGAAAAUUGAAGAAGCAAUGAAUUCAAUUACAGAGGCUAUCUCCAUUUGGACAGAAGUAUUAGGCUAUUAACAUAUAAAAACUGCAAAAUCCAUUUACUUGAAGGGCAACCUCUAUCUAAGAAUGAAAAAUACUCAAGAAAGUAGUGUCAUUUAAUAAUUCUAGAUUUAUCAUUUGCUGAAAAACUUAUUACUGAAAGUUUAGAAAUCAAUCUAAAAAUAAUAGGAGAAUCAUCUUAGGAUAUUGCUGAUUGUUAUCAUUCAUUAGGUAAAAUUCAAGCUCAGAAUAUGAAUUCAAAUGUAUUCGAAUAGUAUUUUAAAAAAUCUCAAGACAUCCUAAAAACCUUGUAUGGCGAUAGUCAUGCAAGCAUCGCAAUUAUUCUAAAUAAUUUUGGAAGAUCGUAUUUUGAAAGAAAGUAAUACGAAGAAGCUGUCAAUUGUUUUGAAGAAUCUAUUAAAAUAUAUACAUAGUUAUGUGGCAAAAUGCAUGGGAACUUAGCGAUCACCCUUAAAAAUUGUGCAGAUUGCCAUAAGGAACUAGGCAGAUAUAAAUAAGCUUAUCUUGACUAUCAAAAGUCAUUAGAAAUUUAUUAGGUACUUAAUAUUUUUAAACUAGAAAAUGUAAAUAAACUCAUCAUAAGUAAAUUAACUAUAAAAUUUAAUGUCCUAAAUCUCAGAUAAGUACUUAGAGGAUUGA